AUGCAAACUGCCUCUACAAACAUUUGUGAAAGACUGUGCAAUAAGCCCAUCCGCGAAAUUUCUUUGCUACUAAAUAUUCCAGGGUCAACUGUUAGUGGUAUUAUAACAAAGUGGAAGCAACUGGGAACAACAGCGACCCAGCCACAAUGUGGUAGGCCACGUAUAAUGACAGAGCAGGGUCAGCGCAUGCUGUAGCGCAUAUUGCGCAGAAGUCGCCAAUGUCUGCAGAAUCAAUAGCCAAAGACCUCCAAACUUCGUUUUGCCUUCAGAUUACCACAACAGAGCUUCAUGGAAUGGGUUUUCAUGACCGAGCAGCUGCAUCCAAGCCUUACAUCACCAAGUGCAAUGCAAAGUGCUGGAUGUAGUGGUGUAAAGCAUGGUGCCACUGGACUCAAG